CUUGCCCGCUCGCUAAUGCGAGUUUUGCUCUCUGCAGCGUUCGCUGAGCGGCGCGAGCGGAGCUUCAGCCGGUCCUGGAGCGACCCCACCCCCAUGAAAGCCGACACUUCCCACGACUCCCGAGACAGCAGUGACCUGCAGAGCUCCCACUGCACACUGGACGAGGCCUUCGAGGAUCUGGACUGGGACACUGAGAAGGGCCUGGAGGCCGUGGCGUGCGACACCGAGGGCUUCGUCCCACCAAAGGUCAUGCUCAUUUCCUCCAAGGUGCCCAAGGCUGAGUACAUCCCCACCAUCAUCCGCCGGGACGACCCCUCCAUCAUCCCCAUCCUCUACGACCAUGAGCACGCAACCUUCGAGGACAUCCUUGAGGAAAUAGAGAGGAAGCUGAACGUCUACCACAAGGGAGCCAAGAUCUGGAAGAUGCUGAUUUUCUGCCAGGGAGGCCCUGGACACCUCUAUCUGCUCAAGAACAAGGUGGCCACCUUUGCCAAAGUGGAGAAGGAAGAGGACAUGAUUCACUUCUGGAAGCGGCUGAGCCGCCUGAUGAGUAAAGUGAACCCAGAGCCGAACGUCAUCCACAUCAUGGGCUGCUACAUUCUGGGGAACCCCAAUGGGGAGAAGCUGUUCCAGAACCUCAGGACCCUCAUGACUCCUUAUAGGGUCACCUUCGAGUCACCCCUGGAGCUCUCAGCCCAAGGGAAGCAGAUGAUCGAGACGUACUUUGACUUCCGGCUGUAUCGCCUUUGGAAGAGCCGCCAGCACUCGAAGCUGCUGGACUUUGACGACGUCUUGUGAGGGGCAGAGGCCUCCGCCCAGUCGCCAUCAGGCCACUCCCUCUGCACAGGGACCUGGGGCUGGGUCGCCUCGUGCUCCCCGGGACUGUGCGGCUCUGGUCUUGCCUGGAGCCACUUCAGGGCACCUCAGACGUUGCUCAGGUUCCCCCCGUGGGUUCCGGUCCUCACCGCACCCAUGGCCACAGAGGCCUCAGUCCCUGGGGGCCGGGAGGAUCCCGCCCCAUGGCCCGUGGAUGCUCAGCGGCCAGGCACUGACCUGCCAUGCCUCGCCUGGAGGCUCGGCUUUGGGAAUCCCCUCCAUGGGGUUCAUAGAAAUAAGUGCAAUUUCUACACCCCCGAAACAGUUCAAAGGGAAGCAGCAUUUCUUGUUAACUAGUUAAGCACUAUGCUGCUAGUUACAGCAUAGGCACCCCAGCCCAGCAGCCCACAUGUGUUCAGGACCCUCCCUGCCCACCCCCUCCCUGCCGUAUCGAUCACCAGCACCAGGGUGGCCCGUGUGCGUGGGGCCAGUGUCGCCGGGCUGCCCAGCCUGGCUCUGUCUACACUGGCCGAGUCUCUGGCUCUGUCUGCACUGGCCGAGUCUCUGGCUUUGUCUGCACUGGCCAAGUCUCCGACUGUCUGUGCUUUCACUUCCACUUCUCUUGCCACCCCCUCUCCCUGCUUACUCAGACCUCAGCCGGCGCCAGACCCGGCAGGGACGGUCUGGGCAGCAGGAGAGAAGGGCGCAGCGUCCCCUCCUUCAGAGGAGGCUCCGGGUGGGGCCUGCUCCCCAUCCCCCCAAGCCCACCCAGCACUCUCAUUGCUGCUGUUGAGUUCAGCUUUUACCAGCCUCAAUCUGGAGGCUCCAUCCCAGCACAGAGGCCUGGGGCUUGGCAGGGGCCCGGCUGGGGCUGGGUCCUGGGUUUCAGGAACCUCACCGGUACCUCAGUGGGCCCCUGGACCCGGCUGCGCAGCUGGUGGACUGUAGGGGCUCCUGACUCGGAGGAGCUCCCAGCUUUCGUCCACGGCCGGCAGGAUGGGCUCUCGUGUAUAUAGCUGGGGCUAGGGGGCAGGACCCCCUUGUGCAGAGCCAGGGGUCUGAGGGCACCUGGCUGUGUUCCCGGCUGAGGGAGGGCUGGGGCGGGGGCCGGGCUCGGAACGGUGUACGAUACCCCUCAUAGUGACCAUUAAACCUGAUCCUCCACCUCG